AUGAGUAUAAACUCUAGUUGUAGCGGAAGUGCUGGUGGUGGAAGCAACACCGGCGGUGGUAACGGCGUCGGUGGUGGUGGCCCUUGUGGCGCGUGCAAGUUUUUGAGGAGGAAGUGCGUGCAGGGUUGUAUCUUUGCACCAUACUUCGAUUCAGAACAAGGUGCCACACACUUUGCGGCGGUUCACAAAGUUUUCGGUGCCAGCAACGUUUCUAAGCUUCUUCUGAACAUUCCGGUUCAUAAGAGGCUUGAUGCGGUGGUCACCAUUUGUUAUGAAGCUCAGGCACGGCUGAGAGACCCCGUGUAUGGUUGCGUUGCUCAUAUCUUCGCUCUUCAGCAACAGGUGGUAAGUUUACAAGCAGAACUCUCCUACUUACAAGGUCACCUUGCCACACUAGAGUUACCCCAUCCACCACCACCUUCUCCGCCCCAAAUAACCAUGGCCCCACCAGUGAUCUCAAUAGCUGACCUUCCACCAGCCUCUUCCUCCACCGUGCCAGCUACAUAUGACUUAUCUUCACUUUUUGAUCCCAUGGCCCAAACUUCUUCAUGGGCCAUGCAGCAGAGGCCCAUAGACCCACAUCAAUUUUUGGGUAGUGGUCCAUCAACAACCACUAGCAGUAGUGGUGGUGAUCUUCAAGCAUUGGCUCGUGAGCUUUUGAAUAGACAAGGAUCUGCUCCUGUUGCUCAUGUAGCAUGCUCUAAUGCCUCAUCAUCUCACUCUCUUGCCAAAUGA